AUGGCCUUAGCCAUGGACUUUGAAGAAAACUGGACGGCUAUAUACCAAGGAGAGAAGCUUGCACCAGGAAAGCAGUAUCUCAUGACGCAUGCUCUGCAAUUAGGGCAACAGACUCAACCAACAGAGUACUAUCUGCAGCUUCAAGGUCUUCAUCAACCUGAGCAGCAAAUCAGACCACACUCUCAGCAGCUGCUGGGAGUUGUUAAUGGUAAGGGCUUUGGACAGAAUAAGUUUUAUGGACCUUCUAUGCUUGUUCAACAAUCGUCGUAUGUUCAAGUUCCAGCCAGAUCCCCUUAUGCUGUGAAGCAAACUGUUCUUUAUCCACUUCAACAGCUGUCCUACGACAUGAUUUCCCCAACUAACUACAUGCUUGUGCCAAACUCUAACCUUAGACCUCCGCAGAGCAACACUAAGAUUUCCCCUUUUGAUGCACUGUCUCCAAAUCAAGAGCAGAUUUUACCCAACUUCUGUGAGAGAUUGCAAGGCAUCUUACCGGCUCCACCAUUGUCUACGGCACCAAUAAAAGAGGAUGUAAAUAUGAACAUAAACCAGAAAAGAGCAAAAAGAAAAUCGAAGUUCACUAAAAAACAGGACGAAAUGAUUGUUGAAUUGAAGAAGAAAUGCAGGUCUUGGGUUGAAAUCGCUGAAUUGACGGGAGUCGGCUCAUAUUUAGCUGCAAGAAAUAGAUAUCAAGUCAUUGUUGGCCAACAAGGAAAUAAUAAUUCUUCUUCAUGGUGCAAUGAGGACGGGAAAGUCUUGAGACAGAUCGUUGAUGAUGCAGAAAUUUCGAAGUGGAAAUUCAUUGCAAUUGAGUUAAGCAAGGCCACUGAAAAAGAAUUCACUGAUAAAGAAUGUAGAGAAAUUAUAAAGGAUUUAGUUUGGCAAGAUCCUUCCAGCUUUGGCCUUUCCGAACGUACAUUCGAGGAAUGCAUUAGGGAAAAGGCUAUCACCGAGAGGGCAAAUGAGCAAAAUGUACAAGCCAUGAAUGAGGAAAAAUAUGCCGAGAGGUUACUAGACUACGCUGAUAGGACAAGGAUGACUUUCACUUCCUCGGAUUCGCAAAGCUAUUAUAGCAAUGACAGUAGCGCUAGUCAGGAUGAUUAUCGCUCAUCUACUGAGCCUCUUGAUAAUGAUCAUUAUUCAAAAACUUUUCUAUAG